GCUGGCCUUCUGCCCGGGCCUGAUGUGCUGAAAGUGGUCGAGGCAUUUAGCAACGAGACAAACUACACUGUAUGGAAUGACUUGAUUUCCAACAGGAGUCUUGCCGGAGCAAUUCUCCGAUACUCUCACUGUUACCCAAGCCUCCAGGCGUUUUGCACCAAACUUUAUGAACCCAUCAGCACCAAACUUGGUUGGAAUCCAAUCGAAGGAGAGAGUAAGUCUGUUUUUUUUCCUCUUUGUUUUGUGAUUUUCGUAGAUACUUUUCUUUUUCCGGUAGUGACAACGGAUCCGAUCACACUCGCUGAUAUGUCGACCAAAGCAUCUGUGUGCAGUCGGCCAACUGUCGGCCACUCGUCGGCCGACUGUCGAUCGACGGCUUCGCUCACCACUUAAAACACCUAUCCUUGGAAGAUGUGUCAGGGAACCUUGACGUUUCGGUGAUGUGUCAUUAGUUCAUGCUCUCUUUUGGUUUAUUUUCUUUGUUUCAUUCAUAGCCCUACAGCACAACCAUUAACUUCAAAGAAUGAGUGAAACUUUUUUUAAGGCCAUAAAACCAAAACUCAGUGUGUGAACAGUAAGCUUGAAGUUGUUAAGCAGCAUAUUUUGUGUCAAGUAUUCUGUAAAAAAUAUUGAAAACAUCUAGUGCUUUACCCCCCUAACUUCAGUAUGCAUGUUAUUCACACUGUUCACACUGUGCUUGAAAGGAAAAAUUAUUUCAGAAUCAAGCGCUACUGUAGUGGUUGAUCUUUCUCUUUAUUCUCCGUGACCUCAAUGUGUGAUUCAGGGGAUAUACUUUAAGGAGGAAUUAGAACCUAGUCAACCAUAGAAGUGAAAGGAUUAUGUGUGUGGAUGACCCUUACUAAGCGUGUUAUUCAAUGUCAGGUCACCUUGAUACCCUCCUCAGAGGUUUGAUAAUCGGACGUUUGGGUAAAUAUGGCCACCCAGCCACUGUCAAAGAGGCGCAGAAGAGAUUUGAAGCACACUGUAAAGGUGAAUCCACCAUCCCGGCUGACUUAAGGUCAGUGGUGUACAGCACAGUGCUUAAGCAUGGUGAUGGUAACACCUUGGAGUCUGUGAUGCAACUUUUGAAAGAAGCUGAUCUGCACGAAGACUGA